AUUUUCGGCGCUAGUCGCCGAAAAGGGAGCUUCCGAGCGCCAAUCGCCCAAGGAUCCUACGAGAGCGCAAGACGCCGAACGCAGAAGAGCGCAAGACGCCCAACGCAGAAGAGCGCCAGUCGCCAGCGAAGACCUCCGAGCGCUAGCCGCUCCUACGGCGCCAGUCGCCCACCGGGAAGCGCCAGCCGCUUCACCAGGCGUCAACCGCCUUCCUCCGAGCGCUAGCCGCUCCUACGGCGCCAGUCGCCCACCGGGAAGCGCCAGCCGCUUCACCAGGCGUCAACCGCCUUCCUCCGAGCCCGCCCUCCGGGAAGCGCCAGCCGCUUCGCCAGAGCGCCAGCCGCUCCUUCCAUCGCCAGCCGCUGCACCGGGCGCUAGUCGCCUCCCCCAGGCGCCGGACGCCAGACACCACGGGGUCUCCGAGCAAGACCCCGGCGCCGGACGCCGCAACACCUGCCGACUCCACGGGGACUCCCUCGGACACCACCGACAUUCGCAAGGCGGUGAAGUCCAGGAGCCGGGCAAGCAAGGAGAACCGGGAGCCCCGUUCCCACAAGGGAAGCAAAUCCCGGAGCAGGGACCACAAGGGAGACCAGCCUCCGCGUCCGCCCCUCGAAGGGGAACUGAUCCCCUUGAGAAAACGGACGCAACCGCUGCCUGUACACUCCAAGCCAAGCGUCCUAAGGCGGAUGCACCCACGGACCGUCGGCCAGAACCGGACCCCCGACGAGAGCCACAGGACGACCCAGGACACCUAGGGUGUGCCUAG